GUAAUCCCCACUUCCCCCAAAUGUCUUUUUUUUUUUUAAGGAAAAAUCUAAAGUUUUAAACCGUAUUUUAAAUAAAACUCGUGGCUUCGUUCUGUAUUUGUGUUCUAUUCACUCACUCACUUUCUUCUUCAAAUUCCAUAAAGCAGAACAUGAAGGAAAGCUGAGGAACACCCCAAAACCAAACAAAUCGUUUCUUUUAUGCCUUUCAAUUUGUUUGUUUUCUCUAUGCCAUGAAGAAUUUCUCUUCAUACUCCAACCACCGUCACCCGCCUUCUCCGGGCGGCCAUAUACCCUACCGUCAUGACCAACACAGCAACCGAAACGAUCACCAUCAAAGACCCAAUUUUCCUGUAGUAAGUAACCAAAACCACCGUCGUCGGCACCCACCUUCACUGCACAGUGCCGUUGGUUACACCAAUUCCAACAUCCUCCCACUCCCAAACUUCAUAAUUGAGCUCCUUCACGAAUCUUCCUCCCCAUUCCCUUCUAAACCUAACAACCUACAAGCUAUUAUCUCCCAACUUAACCCAUCCCCUGAAAGUUUCGAGAUUCGCACCACUGGAAAAAUCGCCGCUUACAUAUAUUUCCGGGAAUGGUCCCACACCCUCUCUUCGAUUCUUUCUCUCUGGCGUUCCCGCCUUGAUGGGUCUCACCAAUUUACUCCCAAUGUUAUUUCCAACGUCCUUGUGCCUUCCGACACGGUGGAACUCAAAGAAAACCUUAGAACCCUUUUCUCCGACCAUAUAAAGGGGUUGAUGGAAGGGGAAUUGGCUAAGAAGUGGCAGAAAAAAAUCGAGGAACUAUCCGAUGAGAUUGUUGACUUGUCAGGACAAAUGGGUAAGAGGCAUUAUCAGGUAGGAAGGUUUUCUGAGUUGAAUGACAAGAAGAAAGCUUUGAUGGCGGAGAGGUUGAUGAUUUCGAAGCGGUUGAGGGAGUUUAAGGGCGGGAUGAGGAGUUUGUUAGGGUGCUUGGAAGAUGGGGAAAUCGGGAAUGAGGAAGAAGAGGAAGGUGUGGACGCUUUCAGGCUUGAUGGGGGGUUUGAUUGGAAGAGAAUUCAUAAGCUGAUUUUGAGAGAAUGUAGGAGGUUGGAGUAUGGUUUGCCUAUAUAUGCUCAUAGGAAAGAGAUUCUCACUAGAAUACAUCGUGAACAGAUAAUGGUAUUGAUUGGAGAGACUGGAUCAGGAAAGAGUACACAGCUGGUUCAGUUUCUUGCUGAUUCAGGAAUCGCUGCUGAUGAGUCAAUUAUAUGUACUCAGCCAAGAAAGAUUGCUGCUAUCUCAUUAGCAGAAAGAGUGAGAGAAGAAAGCAUUGGAUGUUAUGAUGAUAAUUCAGUCAUUUGUUAUCCAACGUUUUCAUCUGCUCAGCAAUUUGAUUCCAAAAUAAUAUAUAUGACCGACCACUGUUUACUGCAGCAUUAUAUGAAGGAUAGGGAUUUGUCAGGAAUUUCUUGCAUUAUUGUUGAUGAGGCCCAUGAGAGAAGUUUGAACACUGAUCUUCUUUUGUCAUUGGUUAAAGGUUUACUUGGUCGAAGACUUGAUUUAAGGCUUAUAAUAAUGUCUGCAACGGCCAACGCAAAUCAACUCUCACAAUACUUUUUUGAUUGUGGAAUCUUUCAUGUGAUCGGGAGAAACUUUCCUGUUGAUAUUAAAUAUGUUCCUUGUGCAACUGAGGGAACUUCUAGUUCUGGUGUGGUUGCUUCAUAUGUUUCUGAUGUCAUGAGGAUGGCUGUUAAGGUUCAUAAAACAGAGAAGGAGGGGAACAUUCUUGCUUUUUUGACUUCCCAGAUGGAGGUAGAAUGGGCUUGUGAACAUUUUGAAGCUCCAAAUGCAGUUGCAUUACCAUUGCAUGGAAAGCUUUCCUUUGACGAGCAAUUUCAUGUUUUCCAGAACUACCAUGGGAAAAGAAAAGUUGUAUUUGCAACUAAUAUUGCAGAGACAUCACUUACUAUUCCUGGGAUCAAGUAUGUGAUCGAUUCUGGUAUGGUCAAGGAGAGUAAAUUUGAACCUGGCACUGGAAUGAACGUUCUCAAAGUCUGCUGGAUUAGCCAGAGUUCUGCUAAUCAACGGGCUGGUCGUGCUGGGAGGACAGAACCAGGAAGAUGCUACAGACUAUACACUGAAAGUGAUUUUGAGUCAAUGCCCCCUAAUCAGGAGCCUGAGAUUCGCAGAGUUCAUCUUGGUGUUGCAGUUCUGAGGAUCCUUGCUUUGGGAAUCAAGAAUGUUCAGAGUUUUGAUUUUGUUGAUGCACCUAGUUCUAAAGCCAUUGACAUGGCAACUAGGAAUCUUAUCCAGUUGGGAGCCAUUGUGGAAAAUAAUGGUGUUUUUGAAUUAACUGAUGAAGGACGGUACUUGGUAAAAUUGGGGAUUGAGCCUCGCCUUGGUAAACUGAUUCUCAGUUGCUUCCCGUUUGGUCUGCGUAGAGAGGGUCUUGUUCUUGCUGCUGUUAUGGCAAAUUCCAGUAGCAUAUUUUGCAGGGUGGGUAAUGAUGAUGACAAGAUAAAAGCUGAUUGUCUUAAGGUGCAAUUUUGCCACAGGAAUGGUGACCUUUUCACUCUGCUCUCUGUGUACAAGGAGUGGGAAGCUCUCCCACACCACAGGAAAAAUAAAUGGUGCUGGGAAAACAGUAUAAAUGCUAAGUCAAUGCGGAGAUGCCAAGACACAGUCACCGAAUUGGAAAUGUGUCUGCAAAAGGAACUUGCUGUUAUUAUUCCAAGUUACUUGUUGUGGGAUCCUCAUAAGUCUACUGAGCAUGAUAAAUGUUUGAAGGCUAUUAUACUUUCUUCGCUUGCUGAAAAUGUUGCCAUGUAUUCUGGUUACGAUCAACUUGGUUAUGAGGUGGCAUUGACUGGACAACAUGUGCAGCUGCAUCCUUCGUGUUCAUUGCUGAUAUUUGGUCAGAAGCCAAGUUGGGUUGUUUUCAGUGAACUCUUAUCAAUAACUAAUCAGUACUUGGUCUGUGUAACUGCUUUUGAUUUUGAAUCUUUAGCCACUCUCCAUCCUCCACCCCUGUUUGAUGUGUGUAAGAUGGAAAGCCAUAAGUUGCAAGUGAAGGCAUUGACUGGUUUUGGUAGUACUCAACUAAAAAAAUUUUGUGGGAGAUCCAACCAUAAUCUUCGAUCUCUUUUAUCACGGAUUAGGACUGCCUGUAUGGAUGAACGAAUUGGUAUUCAGGUCAAUAUUGAGCAGAAUGAGAUUCUGCUGUUUGCCUCAUCAAUGGACAUGCAGAAGGUUCUGGCUUCUGUGAAUGAGGUGCUGGAAUGUGAAAGGAAAUGGUUACUUAAUGAAUGCAUGGAGCAACGUUUAUUUCGUGGUCCGAGUGCCUCGCCAUCUAUGGCUCUUUUUGGAGCAGGUGCUGAGAUUAAGCAUCUUGAAGUUGAUAAGAGAUCUUUGACUGUGGAUGUAUUCCAUUCAAACGUUAACAAUCUUGAAGAUAAGGAGCUUUUGAUGUUCUUUGAGAAAUAUUCUGAUGGCAGUAUUUGUUCUGUCCAUAAAUCUCAAGCCAAUGGACAAGAGAGUGAUGAUAAGGAAAAAUGGGGCAAGAUAACAUUCCUAACUCCUGAUGCUGCCAGAAAAGCUGCUGAGCUGGAUGGAGUUGACUUUGCUGGCUCUCCAUUGAAGGUACUUCCUUCAAGGAUAUCCUUUGGAGGUGAUCAUAAGAUGUUCUCCUUCCCUGCUGUCAAAGCAAAGGUUUAUUGGCCUCGUAGGGCCAGUAAAGGGUUUGGAGUCAUUAGAUGUGAUCUGCUUGACGUUGGUUUCAUUAUUGAUGAUUUCUCUAAUCUGGUAAUAGGGGGGAAAUUUGUUCGGUGUGAAGUUAGCAGGAAAUCUGUUGGUUCUGUUGGUUCUGUAGUGAUUUAUGGAAUUGAUAAAGAGCUUUCUGAAGCUGAAGUUUGGGAUGCACUACAGAGGGCAACAGAAAGGAAAAUCCAUGAUUUCUUCCUGGUGAGAGGAGAUGCUGUGGAAAAUCCAACAUGUGGUGCUUGUGAAGAGGCACUCCAGAGAGAAAUAUCCCCCUUUAUGCCUAAAAGGAAUCUCCAUACAAAUUAUUGUCGGGUUCAGGUUUUCCAGCCCGAACCAAAGGAAACUUUCAUGAAAGCCUUGAUCACCUUCGAUGGAAGAUUACAUUUGGAGGCUGCAAAAGCUUUAGAGCAGCUAGAGGGGAAAGUAUUACCUGGAUGUUUGUCAUGGCAGAAGAUAAGGUGCCAGCAAGUGUUUCAUACCUCUAUAUCCUGCUCUUCAUCUGUCUAUGCUGUUAUUAAGAAGCAACUGGAUUCUUUACUAGCAAGCUUCAGACGUCUAAAAGGUGUAGACUGCAAUCUAGAGGCAAAUGAAAAUGGCUCCUAUCGGGUGAGAAUAUCUGCCAAUGCCACCAAAACUGUGGCAGAGUUGAGAAGGCCAGUGGAAGAGCUAAUGAAUGGUAGGAACAUAGAACAUGCCAGCCUCACUCCUUCCAUAUUGCAGCAUCUGUUCUCUAGGGAUGGCAUUUAUCUGAUGAGAUCAUUGCAGCGAGAGACAAAAACCUACAUUUCUUUUGACAGGCAUAGUCUCAAUGUAAGAAUCUUUGGCUCUCCAGAAGAUGCUGCUGUAGCCCAGCAAAAAUUGAUUCAAUCCCUUUUGUCUUACCAUGAGAGCAAGCAGCUUGAGGUCCGACUUCAUGGUCCGGGUCUGCCUCCUGACCUGAUGAAGAAAGUGGUUAAGAAAUUCAGGCCAGACCUUCAUGGGCUGAAAGAGAAAAUACCUGGGGCCGAGUUUACACUUAGCACCAGGCAUCAUGUUAUAUCGGUUCGUGGUGACAAAGAGACGAAGCGAAAGGUAGAAGAGAUUGUUCUUGAGAUUGCAGAGACAGGUAAAGAUUUAGCUGAGGGAUCUGAUAGUGAAGUUACCUGCCCCGUUUGCUUGUGUGAAGUAGAAGAUGGCUACAAGCUUGAAGGUUGUUCCCAUUUCUUCUGUCGGUUGUGUUUGGUGGAGCAAUGUGAGUCUGCUAUCAAAAACUUGGAUAGUUUCCCAAUAUGCUGUGCCCACCAAGGUUGCAAGGUUCCCAUAUUCCUUACUGAUUUGAAGUUUCUCCUUUCAACUGAGAAGCUAGAGGAACUCUUUAGGGCUGCUUUAGGGGCAUUUGUUGCUUCAAGUAGGGGCACCUAUAGAUUUUGCCCAUCUCCUGAUUGCCCUUCAGUUUAUCGCGUUGCUGAUCCUGAGACUUUUGGUGAGCCAUUUGUCUGUGGAGCAUGUUAUGCAGAGACUUGUACUAGGUGCCACAUGGAGUAUCAUCCAUAUCUGUCAUGUGAGAAGUACCGAGAGUUCAAGGAUGAUCCUGAUUCAUCUUUGAAAGAGUGGUGCAAAGGAAAAGAGCAGGUGAAAACUUGCCCAAUCUGUGGAUAUACAAUUGAGAAGAUCGACGGGUGUAACCAUGUCGAAUGUAAGUGCGGGAGGCAUGUUUGCUGGGUAUGUUUAGAGUUCUUUAGUAGCAGUGACGAUUGUUAUGGUCAUUUGAGGGCUGUUCACAUGGCCAUCAUCUAAUUUUAUUCUAUUUCUUACAUUUUACU